AUGACUUCGGAAGGCCAUUGUGCCUUUGUGCUGGUCUACGUGGACGAUGUCUUGGUGACUGGAAGCUCGCUCGAGAUGAUUGCGCGCACCAAGAACGACCUCAAGACACGCUUCGAGAUGACGGACAGCGGCAAGUGUGCCUUUGUUCUUGGGAUCGAGUUAUUGGACGGUGAAGAUGGCAGCGUGACUAUGUGUCAGCGCCGUUAUGUCGACGAUGUCCUCAAGCGCUUUGGAAUGGAUGAGUGCAAGGCUGUGGCAAGUCCGGUGGACGUCAGCUCUCGACUGAUUCCGAGCAACUCUGCAAGCAAGGUGGAUGUCCCAUUCCGUGAAGCAGUGGGUGCUUUGAUGCAUCUGACGACUGCAACGCGACCGGACAUCGCCUAUGCUGUAAGCUUUGUGUCACGGUUCAUGGAGAAACCCCAAGAAGAACACUGGGUUGCAGUCAAGCGCAUCUUCCGAUACCUACAAGGCACCAAGAUGCAUGGAAUCUGCUACAAGCCAAGUGCGAAGAUCGACUUUCGUGCUAUUCAGAUGCAGACUGGGCCGGUGACCUUGCUGAUCGCAAAUCGACGUCCGGCUACGUCUUCAUGCUAUUGGGUGCUCCGCGGAGUACAUCGCGCUCAGCCUGGCGAUCCAAGAAGGCAAGUGGAUCAAUCGCUUGCUGUGCGAGAUCAUGGCGGCUGCAAACGAAGAGAAGGACCCGAGCUUGUCAUCCGUGAAGACAACCAGUCGUGCAUCAAGAUGACGAAGAAUCCGGUCAACCACGGCCGCGCUAAACACAUCGACAUCAAGUACCAUCACAUCCGUGAUGAAGUCAAGCGCGGCGAAGUGAAGCUUGAAUACUGCGAGACGACGUUGAUGUUGGCGGACAUCAUGACGAAGGGACUUCACGGACCGCGUCACAAGGACUUGACGGCGGCGCUUGGCAUCCGUGCGUGUUCGGAUUGA